GUCAGAUCGUUGACCUGGGACAUUCCCCCUCCCUUGGGUGGCAGUCCAUUUGUAUGCCGAUUCCCCAAGACUAUGAGCUCAACAACUUCCUACAGAAACUGGCCGAUGAGGUCACAGAAGAGGAUCUUCGCAAGCUAAAAGCUCUACUCCAUGGUGAUGGAGGACUCCAGAGGCGAACCUCGGCCAGCAUUGAAUCAGCUGUGGAUUACUUUACAGUACUGAAGGAGAGACUUUAUCUGAACAGGGAGAACUUAAUCUUCUUGCAAGCUUGUCUGUGGAAUAUAGGUCGCCGUGACCUACAUAGGAAAUGUGUAGAAUUUGCCAAGUCUUCAGAAAAAAUUCUUCAUUUCUACUGUCCAAAGGAGACACCAGAGAAUGGAUAUCAAUUCAUCAAGUUCCAUGUGGCAGGGGGUCUGGACACAUUUCAGCGACUGCAGCUGGAGCAUGUCCGUCGGACCGUGGCACAGUUGAUGGGGUGUUUGGCCGAGCAUGUAUUUGUGGCAGGAAUUGAGCCCUCUAACAGCUUGGUGGUGACACUAAUGGUGCUAGCCUCCUAUGUUGAUCUGCUGCCCUGUGCUGACAAACAUGAGCUGGUUUUACUUAGAGCUGUAGAUGUGGAUAAAAUUAUCAUCAAAGAGACUGUUGAGAUUGAGAUCCCUUGCUAUGGUGGUUACCACGCCAGUGAAAUUCGUAACAUACUUAGGAGAAUGAAAGACCUGGAGAGACAGUUAGAUUCAACACAACAAGCAUUACUGGAGGCAGAGAAGGAGAGAAGAAAACUAUUCCAGAGCUCCAUGGCAAGGAAACCUCCAAAUUCUCCAAUUGUUCCUGGAACACGAGAUCUUUCAUUCCUCUCAUCAACCCCAACGAAGAGUCCAGGAACCCAGACAGCCCGGGUGGCAUUUGUGGUGGGAUCUGACACAGAAGAGCAAACUAAGGAGGAGACAACUGUGUUGUAUGCGUCUCAAAUGAGCAUUGAGAAAGGAAGUGAUAUGGAACAGGAAGGCUACACCCACUCAAUAAAGGUCAGCAAUCUGCCCCCAGAUGCUGUUGAUGAGGAACUAAGAGAAUAUUUUGAGAGGAGGAGAGAACAUGGAGGGGGACCAGUUAAGGAUGUGACCUUGACCAGCCAGUCAGGGGAGGCAAUUGUCAGCUUCCAGGACCCUGGAACUGUGACAAGACUGCUGCAGAGUGAACCACUGCUUUUCAAAACACACUACAUCAAAGUGGAGCCUUAUGUCCCAAUGGAUGACAGCAGACUCAGUCUAAGUGGACUCGCUGAACCUCAACCAACCAGUGAAGCAGAACAGAGCCUGACAGUGACCUUAGAGGUCAGUGGGUUCAAACCAGAAACAAGGGAGGAAACCCUGGAAGAUUACUUUGAGAAUGAGAAGAGUGGUGGGAGGGCAGAGAGUGUUUGUCUGCCAGUCAGGGUGGAGGCUGAUAAAAGUGUGGCAUACGUCAAGCUGAGGGACAGAAAUGUGGCAAAGAAUGUACUAAAAAAGAAGGACCACAUUUUGGAUGGGGUCAAGUUGGAGGUCAAGAUGUGUGACCAGAGGGAUGUUGAGCCCAAAUUUUAUAAAAAUAAAGUCUUUGUUACAGGUAUUGAUCCCAAGACAACACAAGAUGGUCUGGAGAACUAUCUGUCGAAUCGUGCUAAUGCCAGAGUAUGUGACACAGUAAGGGGGGAAGAUGAAUCUAAGGCUGUAGUUACCUUUGCAUCAGAUAUAUAUAUCAAGAAACUUCAAGAGAUGUGCAGAACUAAAACUCUUGAUGGAAAUAAUCUAACUGUGGAGAAUGUCAAGGUCAAUGGCAGUGUCCUUGUAAGGAACGUCCUUGACACGACGACAGAAGAUUGUCUAGGCAUGCACUUCCAGUAUCGCGUAAAUGGAGGAAAAAUCAGGAAAAUUCAAAAGCAAGGGGAGGACUCCUUUCUUGUGUGGUUCUCUAAUGCCACAGUUGCUGGGGAUGUUUGUAGUCGUUACCAUAGUGUUGAUGGACAGGAACUGGAGGUGUCCUUGUACUACGAAUGUUUGGGAGUAUCUCGCAACUCACAACUGGAAAUGACAUUUGAUACUCCCCAUGACUUCGCAUUUGACCCAAGGGACAUGAAUAAAUUAUCCUAUCUUGCAUCUUCUCCUCAGGCAAAAAAUAAAUUAAAAUCACAGUUAGAGCCACUGUAUGCCACAGCAGAUAUUCAAACUGAGGGAAAAUUUAAAAAUAUUUCCCUACAUUGCACUCUUGCUUAUGAUGUUCCAGAAUGUAGACAAAAGUCCAGGAAAUGGAUGAAAAAAGUCACCAAAAAGAUGGAAGAAUUUUUCCAUAGCAUAGUGGUGGAAACUUUAAAUCCUUUAAAGGAAGUUUGGGCAGAGGUAGAGCAGAAGAAAGAAGAAUUUGAAAAAGAGGCUGAGGGAUCUGUUAUUAUUGUUCCAAACUUUGAUUCUUUGGAGGUUAGGGUUAUAGGAUGGAAAGAAGAUGUUUCCAUUGUAAUGGAAAAACUAAGGAGUUUUAUCAAGAAAGCCAAUGAAAAAUUGGAGAAAAUCAAAAAUGAAAUAACAGAAGUGUUCAGUAUAUCAAAACCUCUGAGCAUAAAAGUCUUGAAAGAGGUAGGAUUCAUUGAGAAAUGCCUCAAGGAUUUUCCACGCUGUCAAGUAAAUAUUACUGAAGACAAAUUAAAAGUUGAAUUUGUAGGUUUUCCAACUGAUGUUUACAGGGCCAAAUGUGCUAUGUUAGAGCUUUUACAUGGAAGAAGUAGAGUUCCAGUUGGGCCUUUCUCUAAACACAGGCUGGAGUUUUUGGAAUCCCCCAAAAUUUUUGGCUAUUUAGCAGAGAAAAUGAAAGAGAAAGGUUUGAAGGGAUUUUAUGAGAUCAGAAAAGAUCGAUACAUUGAAGUUAAUGCUGAGACCGAUGAAAAAGCUGUGAACACAGCCCAAUUCAUCAAAAGCUUCAUCAUUGAGACACCACGUAAAGUGACAAGUUUUGACAAACCUCUUCUUCGGUCCAGUAAAUUUAAAUCUGAAGUGGAAAAAAUUCAGUCAGACUAUAGUGGUUUAGUCAAGGUCAUUCCUGAUGCUGAAAACCUGGUAAUUAGGACCUUAGUUGUGUCGGAAGUGGAGAAAAUUGUGCUCGAGUUGAUAGAUAAAUUUCUCAAUGAGAAUAUCAUGGUUGGAGAAGCCUUGAGAAUUCCUUCAGCCAUGUCAAGGUAUAUCAAGAUGUUCUGCCUAGAUGACCUUGAAAAUAUAGAGUCAAGAUUCAAAGAAAAUUAUCAUGUGCAGAUUUACUGUAUCCCAUCGGCUGUGUGUGUUACAGCUGUUGAAGCUGGACUGUCUGAGGUGGAGAGAGAGGUCAUGAACAUGAUUCAGAAAAUUGUGAGAAUAACUGAAACUAUGAAGCGUCCUAGUGUAGUGAAGUAUCUAAAGUCAGAGAGUUCCACGUCCAAGGCAGAUUAUAUAGAGCAGGAGUUCCAGUGUGUCAUCACAGCUGACACAGAGGAGGUCUUCAACAUGCCAAUCCAGACACAAAAUUCACGGGAAAAUGACAUGUAUCAGAUGGCAUCUUGUGAGAUGAAUUAUGGGAGAAAAGUAGUAGUUGUCAAACAUGAUCUGACUGACAUGGAUGUGGAUGUUAUAGUGAAUGCUGCUGACAAUCGACUGAAGUUAGAGGGAGGUCUAGCCCUAGUUAUAGGGCAAAAAGGUGGAGAUAAGAUGCGCAAAGUCUGUCAUGAUUUCAUCCAAGAGAAGGGACCCCUGAGUUAUGGGGAGAUUUUCUGCUGUACAGCCUCAGGGUCAUUGAAAUGUGGGGCCGUUAUCCACGCUGUCGGUCCAGUCUGGCAGGAUGGGUCCCACCAGGAGGCAGAGCUUCUCCGAGAGGUUAUACUUAGCUCUCUGGAGGAGUGUGACAAACCUGGCAAUCAGUUUCAUUCAGUAGCUAUUCCUGCCAUCAGUACUGGGGUGUUUAACUAUCCCAGGGAGAAGGCCACACAGGUUAUUGUGGAAACCAUAAGGGACUACUUCCUGGAGCAUCAGGACUCCGUUAUACAGGAAGUUCACCUCUGUGACAUCAAAACUCUGGUUGUUGAGGCAUUUACAGCUGCUCUGAAAAAUACCUUUAAGAAUGUUGUGGAGGGUGAAAGUUCAGGGCGUGCAUGGAAAAGGCUCAAACAGCCUGCAGAAAAAACAUCUUUUGAGAUGGAAUACACUUUUGGGAAUUCCCUGGACAAACGGGAACCAACAGAAAGCUCGGUGGAGCUGACCUUUUAUGGGCACAACAUUGACCAACUGCAGUCGGCCUACCAGAAUUUUCUGGACAAAGCUGAUAAGGAUGAUUAUGUACGUAAGGAUAACAAUGACCCCAUGCUGAAAGAUCUGAAAGAAAAGCAGAAAACAAAACUGUAUAAUAAAGCAAAGGAACUUGGGGUUCAUCUUGACUUUGGCAAGCUGCGUGUGGGUCGGAUCAAAUUACAUGGGCUCAAAGAAGAUGUUUAUGAAAUGGAAGAGGCCAUUCAAAAGUUGCUACGGAAACACAGCACACAGCAGAAGGAGGAGCGUGAACGGGAUUACUUCCAGGCCGUGGUUAAGUGGAGGAUGGUUUACGAUGACGGACAGGAAGUGGAGUGCACACCGCAACUCAACAUGAAGCUGGAAGAAUACUUUAGACAGCAGGAGAGGAGAAUCCAUUUUUCGAUGGGGGAUGAACAAUUGACUGCUGAUUUUUCCAAGAUGACACUUUAUGAUUGCUAUAGAACUUGUAAACUUGAUCGCAUUUCCAAAACAGAAGGAAAAAUGACUACAGCUUUACCUUCCAAUUGGUCCCCAAUGAGUGAGGAGGAUAAUCUGAUUACGAUUCCUCUGAGUAAAAACAAACAGGAAUACAUUAAUGUUCUGAGUAAACUCAAGUCUGAGUCCCAGGACAAGAUCAACAUUAACUGGCCCAGUGUAGUGGUUGAGAGGGUACAGAACCAAACUCUGUUCCGGCAGUAUGUAGCUAGGAAAGAGUCCAUGGAGAAUCAGCCCCAGGCUAGUUCGGCCCCAGUCGAGAGAGAACUAUGGCACACAGUAGACAUAGAUGCUACAUUUAUCAUUAACUCUGAAGGAUUCAACAGGAACAUAUGUAACAGAAAAUCUAAGAGCCUUGGACAGGGUGUAUAUUUUGAUGUGUCUCUGGUCCACAGUCUAGAGGAGACAGACCUACAGACUAAGGGAAGACAGAGGAUAGUGUACCUCUGUCGGGUUUUGACGGGUACCUUCACAAAAGGGUCGCCCAGUCUCAUUGUCCCUCCAGAGAACAAGAGUGGUGGAUCCAUACUUCAGUGCUAUGAUUCAGUGGUGGAUGACACCGAUUCUCCACAGACGUUUGUGAUAUUUAGGGAUUCUCAGGCUUAUCCUAAAUAUAUGAUCAAAUUUUCCUUGUCUUAAUACAUAAUAAUGAAAUUAGAAUGAGAAACUUGAACAACAGU